CACUUCUACUGAUGCCAUCUACCAGAACACAGGUUUCCUGAGAAAAUAUGGCUUACUAUUUUACAUUUUGAAAGCAGAAGCAAAACGGCCUAAAGUUUAACUCAUAAAACAAGGCUUGCUGCCAAGAGAGUUGACCAUGGUUAAACUUCUCACAUUUCUCGUCAUCCUGGUCUCAAUCAUGAUAAAUCAUCCCAAGUCGUUUGUGGAAUCAUGUGAUGCAARCAAAUUCAUUAAAACAGAGUACAUGGAACUGAAAAACCACACGGUUCAAACUAUUCGAAGAAUUUUUCUUGAGCUGUGUUGGGGAGAGUGCAUGUCGUUGCCAUGGUGCCUGUCAAUCAACUCUCGUAAUAUUUCCGAGAGYGUUUAUGAAUGCGAUCUGAAUAAAUCCAACAAAACAGCGGCUGGUGGRCUGGUACCUAAUCCAACUUCAGACUAUUACGAAAUUGCAAUCCCUGGCGAGAAGAUCUGCAAGCUGUAUAAUUGUGACAAAAAGGAACAACGUUCUUCACAAAUCGCUCCAGUAGCUACCACCUCCAGCAUCAMGGUCACCUCAAGUCCACUGUCUUCUUCUACCGUCACAACAACAAGCACUUUGGUAGCAGCACCAACAACAAGUCCUACAACAGCUACGUCUGCCUGCCAACUGGACUUUCCGAGAUCUUCACAAGAUGACUACUUCGAAAUACUCCCGAGAUUUUCUSAAGACAUCGAGGAGUUGAGCUUGUCAUUUUGGCUUAAAGUGCCYUCAUCGUACAMGAAUAAUUUGGCUAUCGUGUCGUAUAGAACUAAAGAUGAGACAAGCGAUAUGUCAGUGGUAAUCAAAGAUACUUCGGAGGUUGAAUUCAAAAUAAACGGAGGUGGGAAAAAACUUAAGUCAAAUUUCGUAAGGGACAAUACCUGGCAAAACAUAGCGAUCACUAUUACAGCUGACGGAAAAGUGAAAAGCUAUAGAAAUCGAAAGAGAUUGUCGUCAGAAAGUGGAAUGAAUCAAGGAAAGAUUAAAAAAGAUGCUGGAGGUAAACUCCAGUUGGGUAAAAUAUUUGACGGAGACGACUCUUCAAUCGCUAUUCAAGGAAGCCUCGCAGAAGUAUAUAUGUGGGAUAACGCUUUAUCUAAUGAWAACAUCGACAAUAUCUUUAAAUCCAAUUGUGGAUCUAUGGGGGACAUUAGGUCAAACGCACUUAUUUUGAGUUGGGGUGGUAGGAUCUUAAAGUCCAAUGGUUUGAAGGGGCAAGUUAAGAAAACAUGCCCAACAACAUGCCCAGGAUAAAACAGCACAGCACAUAACCCAUCCAAGUUCACCAUGCAACUGAAAUGUUUUUCACAAUAUACAGAUAUAGAGCGGAUUUCGUAUGAGUGGGACACCGUUACCGCACGGUUACCGYACAGUUAYCGCAYCUGGCCUGCACAAUUUUGGUGAACCAAU